AUGCUGGAGAAGCUCGCUAGUCCAGUUCCUGGCAGCGUCCCCAGCCCCUCGUCCCCCGCCCGGGAAACCCCCCAGGAGCGGCCUUCGGCUCAGGUGACCGUCGCCAGGGCUCCAUUACGCCGCCUAGAGCCUGGAAGUGGUUAUUGCGCCCCAGGACGCCCGGGCUCCAACGCGGGCGCCCACCUCGCGCACGGGGACCCGCGGGCCGCACCGCCCGGGCACUCUGGGUGUGGCGCAGCGCGGCAGGGUGAGAGCGCGCUGGGUCUUCCCUCCCUUUGCCAGCCCGCCCGCGCCGGGGGCCGGCCCUGCCUUCCCUGCGCCUUUUUCCCCCGCACCGCGGCGCCGCUCCCACACUCGGGCACCGCAGGUAGGGCAGGAGGCUGGAGCGCCUGCUGCCUGCCCGCCCGUAAAAUGGUCACCUCGGCUGGAGAGCUCGCCCUGUUCGCGCUGGGUAUUUUACUAGCUGUGUGCCAGGCCCUGGAAAACACUACAUCUCCCCUGAGCGCAGACCCGCCCGUGGCUGCCGCUGUGGUGUCCCAUUUUAAUGACUGCCCAGAUUCCCACAGCCAGUUCUGCUUCCAUGGAACCUGCAGGUUUUUGGUGCAGGAGGACAAGCCAGCAUGCGUCUGCCAUUCUGGGUAUGUCGGAGCGCGCUGUGAACACGCAGACCUCCUGGCUGUGGUGGCCGCCAGCCAGAAGAAACAGGCCAUCACUGCCUUGGUCGUAGUCUCCAUCGUGGCCCUGGCUGUCCUCAUCAUCACGUGUGUGCUGAUUCACUGCUGCCAAGUCCGAAAGCACUGUGAGUGGUGCCGCGCCCUCAUCUGCCGGCAGGAGAAGCCCAGUGCUCUCCUGAAGGGAAGGACUGCCUGCUGCCACUCAGAAACAGUGGUCUAA